UGCGCAGUUCUGGUUACUGUGCGCUCGGAGCUACUCUGUGGGUCAGCACGGUACUCAAGGGCCUCUGGGAAGAUGGCGGGGGCGGGCAUGGCUACCCUGGGCUCUUGGGUACCUCGUCGGAGGUGGGGCAGAGAGGCCGUCUUCUUAGGCUUCUACCGUGGCCUCAGCGCGUUACUUGCAAGGAAGUCGGAGCGGACGCCACGGUGGGUCCCAGCUUGCAGACCAAAGUCAUCGGUCUCUUUCCUUAGUCGACCAGACCUUCCAAACCUGGCUUAUAAGAAGCUAAAAGGCAAAAGUCCGGGAAUUAUCUUCAUCCCUGGCUAUAUUUCUAAUAUGAAUGGUACAAAAGCAUUGGCGAUUGAAGAGUUUUGCAAAUCUCUAGGUCACGCCUAUAUAAGGUUUGAUUACUCAGGAGUUGGAAAUUCGGAUGGUAACUUACAAGAAUGCACAGUGGGAAAAUGGAGAAAAGAUGUUCUUUCUAUAAUUGAUGACUUAGCUGAAGGACCACAGAUACUUGUUGGAUCUAGCCUCGGUGGAUGGCUUAUGCUUCAUGCUGCAAUCGCAAGGCCACAAAAGGUCGUUGCUCUUAUUGGUAUAGCCACAGCUGUAGAUGGCCUAGUGAUACAGUUUAAUCAGCUCCCUGUUGAGGUGAAAAAGGAAAUAGAGGUGAAAGGUGUGUGGAGCAUGCCAUCAAAAUACAGUGAAAAAGGAGUUUAUGACAUUCAGUACAGUUUCAUUAAAGAAGCUGAACACCACUGCUUGUUACAUAGCCCUAUUCCUGUGAACUGCCCUAUAAGAUUGCUCCACGGCAUGAAAGAUGACAUCGUACCUUGGCAUACAUCCAUACAGGUUGCCGACCGAGUAGUCAGCAAAGAUGUAGAUGUCAUCCUCCGAAAAAACAGUGAUCACAGAAUGAAGGAAAAAUCGGACAUUCAACUUCUUGUUUACACUAUUGAUGACUUAAUUGAUAAGCUUUCAACUGUAGUUAACUAGAAUCACAUUUUUAGUUGGUAUGAACUAACGGAUCCAGAAAAUUGGAAGAAGGAUGUAAGACCCUGAUACUUGGGUUUUUUCCUCUUACGUCUCUGUUUUGUAAAUAUCACAUGAGUAUUUAUUUAACGCUGUAUGAUAUAAGUGAUACAAAUUGUGACGAAAGUAUAAGCUGCUGUCUGGAAAAUUUUCUUCCUUCCAUCCUUGAUUUCUUUUAAUUGAAGUAGAGUUGACACAGUGUUAUAAUAGUUUCAGGGAUACAACAUAGUGGUUGGACAGCUCUAUAUGUUAUGCUAUGCUCACCACAGAUGUAGCUGCCACCUGUCACCAUGCAGCACUGUUAGAGUGCCACCGACUGUUCCCUCUGCUGUGCCUUUCAUCCCGUGACCCACUCAUUCUGUACCUGGAAACCUGUGUCUCCCAGUCCCCUUCACCUAUUUUUGCCCAUCCCCCCACCCUCUCCCUUCUGACAACCACCAGUUCUCUCCAUUUAUGGGUCUGUUUCUGCUUUGUUUGUUGUUUGUUUUGCUUUUUAGGUUCCACAUGUAAGUGAAGUAAUACUGUGUUGUCUUUCUCUUGUCUGACUUCACGUAACCUAGUACCCUCUAGGUCUGUCCAUGUUGCGUGUUGAUUUUUUUUUAUUACUAAAAGAUUUCCUACUUUUUUAUUCGAGGUAAUUUGUUUGCUAAAUGCUUAUGUUAACCAGGACAGCUCUUAAUUGUGUUCUCUUCUACUUAGAAUUGUUAAUAAAGCUUGAAUUUUUUUGUC